UUGUUGUUCGAUGCUGCCUUAGUACCUGUCACUGUAUUAGUUUUUAGAAGCCGGCAUAUUUCGAGAUGGCUGUCCCAUCACAAUUAAAAGCUAUUCAACAUCAUUUGAGAACAGCACAGGAACAUGAGAAAAGAGACCCGGUCGUGGCUUACUACUGUCGACUGUAUGCCAUGCAGACGGGUAUGAAAUUGGACAGUAAAAGCCCAGAGUGUCGGAAGUUUCUUGUGAAACUGAUGGAUCAGUUGGAGACGAUGAAGAAAGAGUUGAGUGACAACGAGUCCAUCACCCAGGAGAUUGUUGGGAACGCCCACAUCGAGAACUACGCCUUGAAAAUGUUCCUCUAUGCCGACAACGAAGACCGGUCGGGGCGUUUCCAUAAGAAUAUGAUUAAGUCAUUUUACACGGCCAGCCUCUUGUUGGAUGUGCUGACAGUGUUUGGCGAGCUGUCAGAGGAGAACAUCCAGCACAGGAAGUAUGCAAGGUGGAAGGCAACGUAUAUCCACAACUGUCUGAAGAAUGGCGAGACCCCACAAGCUGGACCUAUCGGAAUGGAAGGGGAAGCAUAUGAUGAUGAAUUUGGAGCCGAAGGUGGAGGACCGUCCCAAACUCCUCAGUUUCCACCAGGUUCCCAGCCAUCUUUCCACGGCGGUGCCGUAGACCCAGGUCCUGGAUCCGUGUCCCCAUCCAACUUUAACAAUAUCCAAGUUCCACCCGGUUCCCAUGCUCCAGCCAACACUCCUGCAGAGAUACCCCCUCCAGCAGGAGAUCCUGGCAAACCUGUGCCUGCUCCGCGGUCUGUACCAGUGGUAGACCCAUCGCUUCUCAACACCAAUCAGGAAGGAGACGUGCGGUUGACGCCAGAAGACUUCACUCGAGCACAGAAGUACUGCAAAUACGCUGGCAGUGCUCUCCAGUACGAGGAUGUGGCCACCGCUGUGCAGAAUCUGCAGAAGGCCCUUAAGUUGCUAACCACUGGCAAAGAAUGAGGCCAUUGUGCCCCCACCCCUCACCUCAAGCCACUGUAUCGCUUAUCUGGCCCCAGAGGAACUUACCAGAGGCCACUUCCUUAGUUCCUGCUGUAUCAGUCAAAAGCAGUGCCCUCUUAACACUAUUUAAAAAAAAGAAACAAUCCGGUCUCAGCAAGGAUUUCAUAUAAUCUAAGACUAUGUCAGUUUUCAAAUUAACUUACACCAACUCACAUACACAUACACACACACGCACACACACACACACACACACACUUACAUGCUAACACACACACUCUAUCACACACACUUUCUCAACCUUCAUGGACGUUCUGGGAUGGAGUUCCUGUUCUCUGUUUACUUCAACACAAUGAUUUGAAAGUCAACAUCUCUUUAUAUAGAUGUCUUCUAUUACUGUGCUUCUCUUCAAGACUUUAUUCUUUUCUUGGUGGAAGGUUUUUGCAAUUAGUUUACUGUUAUGCUGACAAAUUCAUGCAUUAUUUUCUUUUUCCCUGUU